GGCUGGCUCAACGGUUUGAUGGCGGGCACUUCAGAUGGGUCUUGUGUCGUCCCCACACCCUGCCAGCCUCCUCCGAGGACUGAUGGCAAAGUCAGGGAAGCCAAAAUGCCCACCUUCACAAUAUUCGACGGGGUGUUUAUGGUGACGUCCAUGGUGACCUUCCUGGUGGACGUGGGCACAGACUUACACUUGGUGGCACGUUACUUCCUGGCUGGCUCGGUAACAUGGGCUGGCCUCACACUGUCCCUGGUGGUGGUGCCCUCCAUGGUGGUGAUGGUGCUGUCGCUGCGCUGGCACAUAGCGGACAAGCAGACUGUCCCCAGAGUGUACUGGCUGACCCAUGUGUGUCAGACUGGUAUUAUGCACAGGUACAUCCUCAUGUUCCAAAUGGGUCUGAAAGCACGCAGGAGUGAGAGCCUGGAUGAUUUUGAUGAGCUGUACCACCAGCAAAGUGAUGUGUGUAUGCUGAGGAUGUUUGAGUCCUUCCUGGAGUCUGCACCUCAGCUUGUCCUGCAGGUGUACAUCAUGCUGUCAGACCGUGACUACACUGCCUGGACUGCCAUCACAGCCUUCACGUCCAUGGUUUCCCUGGGCUGGGGCAUUGCAGCGUACACCAAGGCCAUGCGCAACACCCGCCUGGACAAGCACAAGAUGACUGUGUCCGGCCUGUUGCUACAGACUGUGUGGCGGGCUGGCAUGAUUGGAGCUCGUGUGUUGGCGCUGGCGCUGGUGGCCACUUACUUGGAGGGUUGGCUGCUUCUCUUUCUAGCCCUCCACCUGAGUGCCAUGUUUGUGUGGGUGGUGAGUCAGAAAACAGGCUUCAGUGCUACGCAAUGGGAGGAAUUCAUCUUCAACUUCAUCAUGGCUGUCACUUACUGCUUCUGCUUCUUUAACCUCCAGGAGGGACACUCCCGCUGGAGGAUGGCAACCUUCUACCUGGUGGUGAUGGCAGAGAACGUGGCCUGUGUGGUGACCUACUUCUUCUACGGCUCUCAUGCGCUGUGGCUGAAGUACGCUGCUGUGGGCUCCGUCUGUGGCCUCAUGCUGCUCGGUUUGACUUGCAUGUUACUGUAUUAUCGCUUCUUGCAUCCAAUGGGGCCUCUCAACCCCUUCAAAACUAAGAAAAGUGGAGACCUUGAGGAAGGAGGUGCAUCCACCGCACAAAAGCAAUCCUCCUCCACUUCCCCCAGCCAGGGUAAAGCAAGGAAUCUCAGGCACAAGGUGUCAAUCAGAAGGACCUUCAAGUCCCUGUACCCUGUGGACAACAACAUCUCCUUCAGCGUGUUGUCUGCUCAUGGAAUUAGUUUAGAUAGUUCAUCAUCGUCAUCCCCUGACACCUCCAUACCUCAGCCUGUCUACCAGAGGCCCUCAGGAACCAUGUGCUCGGUGCAGGACCUGCUGGCCAAUGUGUCCUGCACCAGUGACUACCAGGCUAUUGAGACACCCGGGAGAGCCAGACCUGUGAGUGCUGGAGGUGAUGAACCCAGUGGCACCGGUGAGGAGGGACCACCUGUCCUAGAAGCCACGCCUCUCAGUCCUGGUUCCUUUGAGAGAACUGUCACUCGAGAGCUUGACUUCAGACUAUCAACAUCUGAGUUUCAGCAUGAAGAAAAGAACUCAGAUGAAGUAGGGAAGGAGGAUGGUGAGGGUAAGCCUGCUGUAGAUGAACAGAAAGAAAGUAAAGCAGGAGAUAGGGAUGGGAUAUUGGAGGCUGGUGAUGCAGAACCCUCUAAUCAGAAUCACAAUUUUGUCAGUGCAAAUGAAGUUGUAGAAAAAGACAGCAGUAAUAGUCCAAAUACCUCACCUGAAUCAAACAGGAACAAGAGUAACACAUCGAGCUUAAGGAGAAAGAGUGAUGGUCCAGCAUCCUAUUCUAGUCCAAACUGUGUGGGUCUUCCCCUGCAGAAGAAAUGCUCCAGCCACACCAGCCUCAACAGCCUCAGGAAAAACGAAAGUCACCGCAACAGUGGCAGCAUCCUCAGGACCAGUGUGAGGAGAAAGGGCUUCACCUCAUCCGAGACUGACAUCAGGUUGACCUCUCUACCUCACAUCAGCACCAGCACCAUCAACAUCACCUCUAAGUCACACCAUGCCGGCAAUGACACCAGUGAUGAGGCAGCCCCACCUCUGCCCCAUGUGCCUAAUGUAGAGCUGGCAGUGAUAGACAGGAUGCACAUCAUUGAAACAGAGUCUUCAGGUGUGAGUUCUGACUCCCACUCAGACUAUGAGAACAUAUAUGAAGGGAAAGAUGACCCCAGGAAAACUCUGCCUCCCAAACCUGCAAACCUAGUGGUGCCGACCUUGGACGACACACAGACCACUCAGUCCUCAGUCCCCCAUGACUAUGAGAACAUUUGUGCCAUCAACAUCAACAGGGAGCUUGGUGUGAGGCACUGGAAGACUUAUUCAGAUAUUGAAGACAGAGUUCAUGACUACAGCACCUACAAGGAGAGAUUAAAACUUCUGGAUAGCACCUUGGCCUCCAGCUAUUGUUCAGAGGCUAACAGCACCCUCAGAGCACACCUGCGCAGGUCCCUCAGCACUCCUGAUGACUGUGAGUCUGUGCUGUCCAGGUCCCUCCCUGACCUCAGUGCUCUUAGGCUGGAGACUUGCCUGGAGGAGACUGAGCCAGAGGAAGAGGAGCUGUGUGCCUCCCCAAAUACCAAAGAAAAUGAAAACAGACUGAUGGAAGUUUUGGACCGCCUCAGGGCUGCCAGACCCCUCAAUAAGUCCAAUUCAGUUGAUUACAUCCCUAACUAUGAAACAAUCUGGGUUGGGGAUGUGGAAAAGCCGGAAAAGGAUGAGAGCUCAUCCUUGGCUGCCUCCUGCACCAGCAGGUCCUCCCUGGUAGUGACCAUUGGUGAUGUUAGAGAGAAGGAGUCCCUGUGUAACCUGUAUUAUUCCACCAUGUCUGACCUCUCCUUCAGGUACUACAGUGAAAGGAUGCGCAGGAAUUGUUCCGCUGGCUCAACUUCCUCCCACAGCACGUCCCGCAACAGCUGUCGGGAGAUGACGCGUGCCAUCUCUGUCCCAGACAGCAAGACACUGCUAGAAGUGAGCGAGUUAAUAGAAGAGCAACGGAAACUGACACAGGAAGGACAGAUUGCAGAUCAACGGCAGGCCUUGGGAGCUGCUGCCCUCAGCACCCCUCAUGUGUACAGCCAGGCCACACCGGUGAGGGGAAGCCAGUCAGCUCAGCCUCAGCCACGCCGUAAGUUUUCCAUGUUGCGGGAAAAGUUUGAGCACCCUAACUGGACACCCCUUAAGUCACCCCUCAAAAGGAGACAGUCAGCCCAGAGAAGGAACUCCCUCCAGGACCGCACCAGCAGGGCCUUACAGGCAGGCAUGAAGGUGUUCCGGCGGCCCAGAGUGCACGUCAUAACGCCAAAGAAGGAGGAGAGUGGCAAGGACACUCCACGCCUCAAGAGUCCCUUCAAAUCCAAGACACUCACUCCUACCUCAGUCACCAUUAAGAGGAAAGGUGAGACUCCCAUAGAGGUGAAGGUAACAGCCAAGGGAGAGGUGGAGACCAUUAAGACAGCUCAGAGAACCCCGCAGCUCAGAACGCCAGUUGACACCAGGCGAGUUGGUGGCACUCCAAAGACAAGCACCCCUGAUGAGACCAAGCCAGCCCCAAGGAAAGGCCAUGCAGCCAUGGACCCCAAAAUAAGUAAGCUGAAUGAGGGUCCUAAAACAAGCACACCAGAGGGAAAUAAACAGCUGCCACAGAUAAGCAUCCUCAGUGCUGUGUCGAGUGUUGUUGCCUCACCAGACACCACACAGGUUAGAGUACCUCUUUCUGAGAACCACUACCUCAAUAGGGUCAGCUCCAAGACUCUUGCCAUGCAGGUCAACAAGGAAUCAGAGUGCACACAGAGGAACACACAGUCAAGAAAAAGCUUUACAAACCUGCGAAUCCAAAGAUCACCUGAUGGGGAUGAAAAUUCCCAGAACAGGAUCAACCUAGUCCAGGCUGCAGCAGGAAGCAAAGUGUCCCAGAGUCAGUUGGACCUCAAGGCCACUCAUUCCUCUCCUGCUGGGGGUCACAGGUACUCUGGAGGCCAGGCUAUGUUUUCUGGAGCCAUUGGGUUGCCAAGACUUCAGCCGGAACCCAGAGCAACCAUUGUGAGUGUGACUGAUGUGACUGAUUCGGCGCAUGGUCAGCACAUCAGUCACAUCGUCCUCUCGUCUCCUCAGUCACCCAAAAUUAACAUGCAGAAAUCAACGCUGUCCCCAAAUUCUAAAAUAUUUUCUAGAAGGAUAUAGAGAGGAGAGAAUCUUUUGGAUCACAUGAAGGCUGCCCAUCCAAGCUACACCUAGUGCACUCCCAACAGCUGGAAUGAGUGACCUUCAUAUGGUCCAAACCUUUUUCCUUCUGUAGUGGACCUGUUGUUGACCAGUGCAGCCGUUCUCUUCUGUUUCUGUCGUGUUGAUGGCAUUCCCACUCUUCGUACCAAAUAAUGUUUUAGGCACUUGCCCCGUGAAGGAUUUGGUGAAUUGCUCAUGUCAUUCUGACAAAUGAACAUAUAUUUUUAUGGUAACAUUGUACCAUUAUGUAGUAUAUCAUUAUUUUGUUGUUUCUCUAACCUAGAAUAGCAUAACUGACAUAUAUUACCCAGUGUCUUCCUAAAAUGAACCAUAUUAGCAAUGGUAGUGAUACUUAUAAUAAUGAAAGAUUAUACAUUGUUACCAGAAACAGUUUUGUGAGUCAGAGUGAGGUGAUGUAAUGAUGUGACCGCUGGUGUCCAGGCAACACCCAGUGAGUGGAGUGGGUGUGUGCAUCUUGAAGACACUUUGAAUAAUGCUCCUUCUAUUUUCUUAAAGAUCUUUACAAAGCAAGAGCCGGUGAUUACAGUAUUAUUAAGGCUUCUGUCAAUAACAUCUCUCAAUAACUUAAGGCAUUACUCAACCAAAGCUAAUCAUUGUAUAUAGUCCAUUUUUUGUAUAUAGUUCUUGCCAGUAGUGUUCUGUCUUCACUGUCUGAAUACUCAGCUGUCCUCAAGGAUGAAUCAAACAGUUUUGUUUCCUCGGAAGUGUACUUAACCAGGGAUAUGGUGCAGAGGUGCCCUGUGAGGCACCACGCCAUCCUCAUCCCGCCAAGACAUUACAGAGAUAGGUUUAUAUGUAAAUUUGUAUAUAAAACUAAAUAAAUGACUAAAUACU